AAAUCGCGUAAAAGCACAUCGCGUAAUCGAUCCCCCAGUUCAGUGAUGCUGGCCGCGCGUAACCUCUAAAUACGCCGUAGAAAAAGAAAAACCGCGCGACAUAACCUAUACGAUCAUUCGCGGGCCUCGUAGUUUCUUCCUUUGUUUCUUUUUUUUUCUUCUUCGCCGGUUCUCGUUUUUGCGCGUCUAUUCGUGCUCGUUCGCUCCGACUGUUCCUCGCGAGUCGCGAGGCUGAGAGAAAGAGGGAAGUAUAAAUAAAGAGACCAAAAUCGACGGGAAUUUACGAGUGGGAUCCAUCGGUAUUAUCUGACUUUAUCGGAUCUACGUCGAGCUUCCUCUUCUUCCUGGAGGGCACGAAACGCCGACGAUGAAGCGAGAUGGUUAGGAAAUGGUGUAAGUCGACGCCUGUAAUGUAAUGUAAUGUAAUAACCAUCCGCGUGGAGAACGUAUCUCUUUACCGCGUUAUCGUUAUCGCUAUCGAAGCAGCGUCCGGUCGACAACGCAUUAAACGAUUUAUGUCAAUUGCGUAAUGACAGUGAUAACCGAAGAAAAACACGCGCUUCUUCGUCUCUUUUUGUUUUGUUUUCCUAAAAACAGUCUCGUUAACGUGCUGCAAAAAUACUGUGUUUAUCAUGUUUGCGGUCUCCCGAUAUGAAACGCUUUUAUUGUAUUGCCAAGGUCAGUUAUGAACGGUAAUGAUCGUCUGCAAAUCAGCGGAUUAUGUCGUGUAGGAGGCAAACUUAGGUAAAAUGUCUCGCAGUUUGCCAGACAGAGUGGCUGGGCUCUACUAUGCCCACGGCCUAUUCUGCUCAUCUCAUCCAGUCAUCGUACUCUCGCUCGCUAUCUCAGUUUUGCUAUUUUGCUGUUUUCCACUCGUCAAUCUGCCCAUGCCUGGCAAUGCUCCGAAAACUGUAAUAAACGACACCAUCGUACCAGCAAAUGGCACGGAAACUUCAGUAUUGUACGUCCAACAAGUAGUGCUAAGAGUCGGAGUAAUGCCAUGGAAUGAAGAUCUGACGCUGAUGGAUGCCUUUCGAGGGCCUCUCUACGAAGUGUUCAAUCUCUUGGAGAUCAUACAAAACUUUCAACACCCAGAAACAUUCAAAACACUCGGCCAAGUAUGUCUACAUAUUGAAGCAGCAAAAAGACGAAAUGGCAAGAAAGCAGAAGUGUUACCGGAAUACAAUUGUCUUGUUUUAUCGCCUGCAAAUCUGUGGCAACAAAGCAUGGAAUUGUUUGCCCAAGAUACAAAUCUUAUUAAUACAAUAUUUUCUUAUCAGAAUCUUCAGAGAGGUAAAAUAAGUCUUGCAGAAGUAAUGUUUGGGAUGAGCCUGAAAGAAACGGGAGUGAAAAGAUAUCCUGCUCGGAUUCGUCAGAGAAUUCUCCAAUAUGCUGUAACCAUUUAUUUAAAGAAAUAUGAUCAAGAAUUUAUAAAAGGAUUGCAGCAUCGAUUAAAAACUUAUUAUCAUCUGCAUCAAAAUGUUGACAACAACACAGACAUUGAUGCGCACGAUGAAGUAUUGAAUAUUUUCUAUCCCGGUGAAUUCAACUAUAGUGAAUUUUUUCCACUAAUGAUGACCUUCCUGGCCUUAUUUUUCUACGAAUAUUUUCAAGUGCGGAAAAUAGAACUCAUCAAGUCUAAAUUCGGCAUUGCAUUUAGUGCCACUGUGACAGUGAUGGGCUCGCUAUCUAUGACAGUGGGUGUGUGCUUCUUCUUCGGUUUGACUCUCAGUUUGAGCGCCAAAGAAGUGUUUCCGUAUUUGGUGAUUAUUUUCGGUCUUGAAAACGUUCAGGUAUUGACAAAAAGUGUCGUUAGCACGCCCGCGCAUCUGGACAUGAAAAUACGCGUCGCUCAAGCUCUAUCGAAGGAGGGAUGGUCCAUUACGAAGAAUCUACUUACGGAGGUAACGAUUCUAACUAUCGGGCUGUUCACGUUUGUUCCUGCUAUUCAGGAAUUUUGCAUAUUCGCUAUCGUUGGACUAUUGAGUGACUUCUUCUUACAAAUGGUAUUCUUCUCGACCAUUCUUGCGCUCGAUAUCAGACGUACGGAGCUAUCUAGCGACAAUUCCAAGUUUCACUUGUCGCAUAUCCCUACAUCACGCAGACAACAGUUCACGACUACUAUUACUAAUAGAAAGCCUCACAUCUUCCGCUCUAAAUCUCAUCCGAGAUUGAACGGUCUAUCCACUGGUCCGACAAACGUUAUCGCUCCAAAUACACAAAAUACUCAUACUCUGGGCAAGAUUCCCAAACGUUUGAGGUUGGUGCACUUUUGGGCGCGAACGCGAAUCUUCCAACGUGCAUUCAUGGUAUGGAUGGUCGUAUGGAUCAGCAUGACUAUAAACAAUUCCGGCAUUAUUGAGCAUGUGAUACAUUUGAGUGAAACAUUAAAACCAGAAGCUGAUAUUGAUGGAUAUACGAUAGAUAAACCUCAAUCGUUGAAUAACUAUGUUGAAGUAAAUACAGUGACACCAAUAUCCGUAUCACCUGCAACUAUAACAUCAGAUAAUUUGAAUGAACAGGAUGUAACUAAUAAUACGACCGAGGAAUUAAACAAGUUAAGACCAGUGGACUUUCCGCCUUGGAAUAGCUUAUCAUUGUAUCAUUGGUCCUCGAUUCUUUCAAUGUACAACGUAUCAAUUGCCGGUGGACGAGUAACUAUACUUCCGACGAUAAAGCUAUCGCAUGCGGUAAAUCCGCAAUUGGUGAAACAAAUAAGCAAUCCGAAUGACGUCCAACACUUUCAAUGGCAAAGUCUUGCUACUGCCGCUCUCGAUCCUUUGGAUUUUUCCGAUAUGGAAGUACGGUCGAGAUCGGAGGGACGCGUAUUUAAUACGGAUACGCCUUUUGUACCGUCGAGUCCGAUGGAAAUAUUUUUAGCCGCUGUAUUAUGUCUCAUUAGUGUGAUUGUGGUCGCUUACACAAUGGUCGUACUCUAUCGUUGUAUUUGCUCUAGAAAUUACGCUGAGUGGCGAGCUAGCUGGAACAAGCAAGAAAAGACGCACGAUUCCGUUACUCAACUCGUGCUAGAGGCAGUGCCUUUAGUUUUGGAAGGCCAUACUCAGGAAGUCGAAUGUAUCGCGACGGAUGGUAAUACUAUUGCUAGCACAUGUCUAGCGGGACAUAUCAGAGUGUGGGAUUCGACGUCUGGCGAGGAGAUGGCGCAUAUAGAUAGACGACAAUUCUUCAUCGGUCCGCAGAAAACUUUAAGCCAAACGGAUGCUGAUGAACUGAUGUCGGAUUAUGAGAGCGGUUCGCCGCCUUCCAGAGGAGAAAUGGAAACUGCGCAAUCGAUGGGACUUUACUCACCAGCCUCGGCGAUGUAUCAGGCAAAGCUAUCUCCCGCCUACAACAUGCAAAAGAUUAUUAAUAACAACCAUAAAAGGCGAUCUAUAGGAAAUACUCUAGAUUAUGAUUAUCAAAUCACUGAAAACGACACUAAGCAGAAGUUGUUACGUCGAAGCUUAGGCAGUGCUUACGAUCUCCCUGAUUUGAAACCAGCGAUCAAUACUAAAUUCUCAACCAUAAGAUACAUGCCCUUGCAAAAGAGCUACGAUCAAGGUUUCGAUUUUGGCGAGCGAUAUAAAAUUUUAUUACAGGAACAUAAUAAAUCGAUUGAGGAAAUGCAAAAAUCUGAAACUAGGGAACAGUUAAACAUUCCCCCCGCAAAAUUAAAUAACUCAGUUGGCAGUACGACCUCCAUAAAUACAGAUCGCACGAUACAAUCGUCGCAUGUUGCAUCGGCGAUUUGGUGUAUGGAUUAUCAGGAAAAUCUCAUAGUGGUUGGGUGUGCUAACGGCAGUUUAGAAUUCUGGGAGGGUACGACCGGUAGAUUUAAGUGUCUCUUCGAUGAUGGGUCGGGCCUUGGAAUUUCUGCCGUUAAACUCGUCGGUAGUAGAGUAGUAGCAGCUAAAUUGAAUGGAACUGUCGAUUUUUUGCAACUUGAGAGUUACAGCGAAGGCCAGCAGAUUGAUUGGGGCUUCACAUCCUAUAGAAGAACACAUGUGCGAACAGGCAGCGCUGGUUCACCCAUGGACUUAAAUAACAGUAUGCAUACAGAGGAAGAUUUGCGCUGCAUGAAAAUUGGCUCUCAUAGAGCGCAUCAACAAGCAAUUACCGUCCUGGACAGCGAAGGUGGACGUGUAUUAACGGGUAGCCAGGAUCAUACCUUGAAAGUAUACAGGUUAGAGGAUCAACUGCCUCUGUACACGCUUCAUGGACAUUGCGGUCCGAUAUCAUGCUUGUUUAUCGAUAGAUUCAGUCCUAUGACAUCCGGUAGUGGAUCUCAGGAUGGGUUACUCUGUGUGUGGGAUCUUUUGACAGGGACUUGCAUGUAUAGUAUUCAAGCUCACGCUGGUGCUGUAGCUGCUAUUACAUGUUCGGUAUCGUAUGUGAUAAGUAUUGGAACAGAUGAAAGACUAUGUGUCUGGGAACGUUUUCAGGGGCACUUAUUACACACUUUGCCAGCACACAAAGCAGCUUACAGUUUACAAUUAGUGAUGCUGACACAUCAUCUCCUCAUAACUAGUAAUCAGGGAUCAUUAGUAGUUUGGGACGUAAGGACGGGUGAGCCUGUGCGAGAAGUGAGAUUGGGUCAUAAAGAUAGUUGCAUUUUUGUAAAGCAGAUGUUGGCUUUGAGGGAUAGCGUAGUUUGCGACUAUGGUCGGCAAUUGCGAAUAGUUAGAUUUCCAUUGGUUUCUGAUAAGCUCGACUAAAUUCUCUAUAUACGCAGGUGUACAUAGCUGUUUUUCUUUAUCUAGCAUUAUUCAAAGAAAAAGUGUCUUACGUUGUUUAUAGUCUUUAGCUUUUAGAAAAUUAUAGAUUUUUAUACAACAUAUAUAUCGUGGUAUUUUAAAGAGCGACAUAUAUUUUCGAUGUAAGUUUAUGUUUUUAACUACACUGUGGCCAUUUUAGAGUGCACGAUUUUCGUAUAAUCGUAAUACAGACGAUUACAAAAGCAUAUAUUUUUUAUCCGAUAAAAUAUAUAAUCACAUUUUCUUUGAUUUUUAUAGCGAAUUAUCGAUACUAAUGAUAUCUAUAAACACCAAUUGUGUAAGAAAAUUAAAGAAAUGAAGAUUAUACUAUA